UCCGUUACGGGGAAGGAGACGAAGAAGUUAGAAAGAAGAGCGGCGGUUAGGCAACAAAAUUAAAAUUAAAAAGCGGAACGACGGCACGCCCACCACCAAACAUUACCCUCCCACCCGCGAUUCUCUCUUCUCCUUCUUUCCUUCCCUCCUCCUCCAGUCCGCCUUCCGCGGACGGCCGGCGUGAUUCUCCCGCCGCCAGCCGGCCCCUUACAGCCUUACUUCCCGACUCGCAAUCUGUGAAUUUCAGGUUGUGGCCAGUCUGUUCAUUGGUUGGGUGAAUGAAUUGAGGGUCAGGAUUCCCUUGGAUUGAUGUAGCGAUGCAGAGAUCACGGAGGGCUUUUCUGCAAAGAAGAGCUUCUAUGGAGAAGGAUACCAGUGGGAAGAAUCGGUUGUACAAGCUUUCUUUGUCUUUGGUUCUUCUUUUGUGGGGGCUUGUUUUCCUAUCAAGUCUGUGGAUCAGCCAAAGUGAUGGAUAUAGAGAUGGAUCUACAGAAACUUCACAGAGUGUGGGCGUAUCAACUUGGACAGAACAGAAACUUCAAAAUGGGAAAAAUUCUGAUUCAGUACAUACAGAAGUCAGUGAGCAGUCCGACGAGACUUCAUGUAUAGAUCCUGCUGUAAAGAAAGCUUCAGAUGAAGAGUUGCUUGUUGCUGCUGAAGAUAAUAGCAAUUGUGGAAUCGAAUUUUACCAUCAGGAGGCAACCCGUGGCGGGAGACCAGGAGAUAUAGGUCCAAAGAACGAUCGCCUCUCGCGAGUUGUCACUCUUGGGCUUGAUGAAUUCAAAAGUAGAGCUUUCAGCUCCAAAACCAAAACAGGAACCGGUAAAGUGGUACAUAGAAUGGAGCCGGGAGGGAAAGAGUACAACUAUGCUUCAUCUUCAAAAGGAGCAAAAGUCUUGGCCUUCAACAAGGAAGCAAAAGGGGCCUCAAACAUCUUAAUGAGAGAUAAGGACAAGUACCUCCGCAAUCCGUGUUCUGCAGAAGAGAAGUAUGUCAUAAUCGAGCUCUCUGAAGAAACUUUAGUAGAUACUGUAGAGAUUGCAAAUCUCGAGCAUUACUCAUCGAAUCUAAAGGAUUUUGAGGUGCUUGGUAGCUUGGUUUAUCCAACUUCAGAAUGGGUCAAGCUGGGGAACUUUACAACAGCCAAUGUCAAGCAGGCGAGAAGGUUUGUGCUUCCAGAGCCCAAAUGGGUGAGAUAUCUGAAGUUGAAUCUUCUGAGCCAUUAUGGGUCUGAGUUUUACUGUACACUAAGCCUUUUCGAGGUUUAUGGGGUUGAUGCUGUUGAAAAAAUGCUGGAGGAUUUGGUAUCAGUUCAAGAAAAGGUUUUUGUGCCAGAUGAGGAGGAUUCUACUGAGCAGAAAUCAUCAGUACACCCACAGGGUGUUGAUGAGCAUCAUCAUCAGGACUCUUUCAAAGAGGCUGAAUCUGAGUUGUUGUCAGUCGAAACUCCUGAUUCGAAAACCGAAGUGGCUGCUGAUACGGUUGAAGGAGUUCCUUAUCGUCAAGUUGGCAGGAGUAAUGGCGACAGUGCCCUCAAGAUACUGAUGCAGAAAGCCCGUUCACUCGACCGAAGCCUCUCCAUCUUGGAAAGGUACGUUGAGGAAGUCAACUCCAGGUAUGGCAAUAUCUUCCAAGAGUUCGACAAAGAGAUAGCAGGGAAAACUUUGACUCUGGAAAAGAUCAAACUCGACAUGAAGAGUCUCCAUGACAGCCAGCAACUUAUGGCUGGAGAGGUUAACGAUCUUGUGUCUUGGAAAUCUCUUCUUACAACGAAAAUGGAUCAUAUCCUGAAUGAAAACCUUGAUCUCAGAUCGAGGAUCGAGAAGGUUGAGGAGAAUCAAGUGUGGCUGGAGAACAAGGGUAUAGUCGUGUUCUUGGUGUGCUUGGUUUUCGGGUUGGUGGCAAUUUUGAGGGUGUCAGUAGAGAUGUUACAGAUGACGGUACUUAGCGAUGGGUCGUCCAGGAAAUUUUCCAGUGUGAGCUGUUCUUCCUGGCUGGUGUUGCUCCUGAGCUGUAGCAUUAUAAUUUUGGUACUCUCAGUAUAGUUGUUUUUCACAGAAUCGGUUACAGUUUUGCUUUUGAUAGAAAGAGGUAAUAUAGAGGAGAGACCACAACGGGAAAAAGGGACUACAGAGUAACUUCUUGUUAUUUAUUUUACAGUUACUAUAGUGGAUGCAGUUUACUUUUCUCCUUCCUAUAUAUAUGCUGAAAGAGCCACUUUUACUGCUAGUUAAGUGUACAU